AUGGACCGGGCUGUUUCUGCUGAGCACUGCAUCAGGGAAGGGCUGCUCCCAGAAGAGCUCUGCAGGGAAUUGAGGCUCCUGCAUCUCGUUGCCGGGGUGCCGGGAUACCGGCCGAACUGUACGGCCUGCACCCUGCUGGCCUGCCCCAAAUGGGGUUGGCCGGCCCUACUCCGUGCACGGGAGCUUGCACGGGACGCUGCAGAAGACUUCUUCGAUGAGUUUGGGGGCCUCUGGCCGGAGACCACUGCCACCGUGUGCUGGUUUCCCGGCUCUUCGCUGCCUGUUCACACAGACAACUGCAAGGAAUACCUCUCCAAGCGGCACGUUUCGGUGGUGAUCUGGUUGAGCAGCCAGGGCGAGGACUUCGAGGGCGGUGACUUCUUCUUCGAAGCUGAAGGCGCUAGCGGCGCCAGCGCGAAGUCUCUGGAACUGGUCUCCCCAAGGAUGGGCAACGCGGCCCUCUUCCGGGCCAGCGAGCGGCACGGCCUGCGCGGCGUACUGAGCGGAGCGAGGCUGGCUUUGAACAUUUGGUUCACACGGGAUCCCGGUGCCGCAGAGGAUUCGCGGCUCCUGGGCCCAGACGGCGUGUCGGGCUUGGGCUCGGGCUCGGGCUUGUCUCCGCGCCUCUUUGGCGAUGGUCCUCAAAGGACGUGGCCGGAGGAUGAGGCAUCAGCCCGCCUGGCCAAGCGCACCCUUGCACAAGCAGGGCUCCCACCACGUGGCCGAGCCCUGAGGCUACGCAGCCGCAGGAUGUGCAAGGAAGCAGGCUUGCAACCGGUAUCGAAACGGUCUCCACUGCCAUCCUCGCGGCGCACACUCCUGGCCGUGGCUGCACACCGGAAGCUCUUGGCCGUUCAGGGCUCGGAGUCGUCGCCGAGUGGCUGGCGGGGGCACAGCUUCCUUCGUCUGGUGCGGCGCCGUGAGAGACAGGUCAGGGCAGCACUGCCACGGUGGCAUCAGCAUGGUCUUCUUUCUAUAGGCCCUCUCAGCUCCCCGCGCGGUUUCUGCAGGCAGCCAGAAGGGCGGUACUGCAGCAGUGCAUUCGUGGAGCACAGUGAUCGCGUUCCAGGCCUGACAAUCGCAAGAGGCGCUCUGGGCUCUGCACUGCAGCGGAGGUUGAAGAAGCUGGCGGAUCGCUUGAUGACCUCCCAAGAAGGCAAGCUGCUGAAUCAGUCCAUGCGUUUCGGCAGCGACGUUCCUCCUUGGGCCCACGCCAUCGUCCAGAGGAUCCGGAGACUUCCAGGCUUCUUCGCAAAGCAGCCGAGGGCCUUCGACCAGCUGAUUGUCAAUGCCUAUCGUCGUGGCGAGGGUAUCCGGCGGCAUGUGGACCUCCUAAAGUUCGGAGACCACGUGCUGGCGGUUUGCCUCGGUGCCGAUGCGACGCUCACGCUCAGGUUCUUGCCCAGCCAGCCCAGCAGCCACCACCGGCAGGCGGAUUGCAGAAUGGGCACUUCCCGUUCAAGCAGGUAG